GUCAGACAUGGCGUCCUCCCGGAGACGGCUGGUUUGUUUACGCUCCGGGAUAUGGAGCCUGUUAUUUUACUGUCUUUACUCUCAUUUAAAGGUAGUUCUGACGGAAGAAGUGGAGAGCUGCGAAAGCUUAAAUCUCGGACAAUAUCUGUGUAAAGAUCCAAAGAUAGAUGAAGCCACUCAGGAGCCUGAGAACUGCAGGGACAUGACGGCCUGGGUGGAGUGCCUCCCAGCUCCGAACAUCAGCUGUCGGCUCUCUAACGGGACAGAGUUCAGGUUCAGCGGUGAGGAGGUGGGCUUCAACAAAACCAUCCCCUGCAGGAACGUGAGCGGUUAUUCCUAUAAAGUCGCCGUGGCUCUGUCUCUGUUUCUGGGCUGGCUGGGAGCCGACCGCUUCUACUUGGGAUAUCCUGCUCUAGGUCUGUUGAAGUUCUGCACAGUUGGUUUCUGUGGAAUCGGCACUCUGAUCGACUUCAUCCUGAUUGCCAUGCAGAUCGUGGGUCCAGCAGACGGAUCAAACUACAUCGUGGAUUAUUACGGCGCCCGGCUGACCCGCCUAUCCAUCACCAACGAGACCUACAGGAAGCCACACCUGUCUUUGUGAACCCAGGAAACGCCCACGAGCACACGAAUACGGUCGGUAAGGAGGACGGCGCCAAAGAGAAGAAGCACUCCUGACAUCCUGGUCCAGUUCCCUACCCUGACCCAGUACAUCAACAAGAACAGAACUGAGGAUGAACAUGAUUGGAGAUAAAAUCUACAUUAAUGUAGCUCUGAUCAGAUACUGUUAGAGGGCCAUUCUGCUGUUUUCUGCAUGUGUUCAGCCUGUUAACAUACGAACAUUGCUGCUGAUCAGAUUCUCCAUCCACCACGGUUUGGAUCCUUUUCUCUUUCAGACAAUUCAUGUCUGUUCAAAUCUAUUUCAGUUUAAUGCACAAAAUUUGUGACUUUAAGUCGGUUUUCUUCUCCUCCUCUCAGCAGCUGUUUAAUUUAUUAUUUUGCUGUAAAAUAUGCAGAUGUUUUGCUGCUGUCUCGUCUUUAUCUUCUGGAGUUUUUCAUAAAAAAAUGUAAAUAAAGUUUCUUUG